AUCAACAGGAUGUACAAAGAUUGUCUUUGAAUAGUCAAGGUCGUGGUUAGAAGGCAAACGCAUUUUAUCAAACAUGACGAUACGAUGGAAAUAAAAGCUUUGGAGAGCGGGAUUAGAAAAUGGAUGUAAUGUUUUAAAGAUACGGGAUUGAGGACUGGAUGGGUGGAGGAGAUAGAGAAAAACGUAUGAUGCGACAAGGGGGGGAAACGUCUUCAAAUGUGAGAGAAGAGCACACUGCAUUGUUUGCUAUGCUGUGUGACGUCACGACUCUUGCCACAUGCGCUCAACCCUAAAACCUGACUGAAUCCACUCCAUUUUCCUAGGAAAAGCAGAAGCGGCCUCGACAGCGCAGAUUGGAUUACUGAAAUGGAUGUUCUUUGAUUUGUUAGUGGCAUUGAGAAUAUGGACUUUUGAGACGCCCUAAAAGGUACAGAUGCUAUGAGCAAAGAGGACAAACCACCCCCCAACCCCAAUCAUGGACUCUUUGACCCCACCAGUCACCUUCUGGGUCCCCCCGCAAUGGGGCUGGCAGGUCUGCCCUUCCCACACCUGGCUCACCUACCAGCCUUCCCAUGGCUGGCCAGACCUCCUUUCCCUCCUGCUCUUUUUGGAGGUCUUGGGGCUUUGCCCAACCCUCUUUUGGCACAUGGGCUGUCUCCUUCUACUGGUGGCGCUGACUGGUGGCGCGCAGCAUCUGAACAUGCUAGGAGAAUGGCUGGCAGUACGGGUGUUGACUUCUUUGCGGGAAGUCUUGGCCCACAGUUUACACCAGGUUUCAGCAGCCUAGGCUUAGAGAGCACCGCACCAGGGCUCGAGUUUCUAUUUUCCACACCAAGUGAUCAUGAUAAAUCUGCUUUAUUUAGCAUGUCCAAACACUUGAGUGAACUUCCAUCAGCAUCACCUUCUUCCUCAUCGUCAAAACGGUCUCGCACCCCAACCCCAGCACCAGCUCACCAAAAGUCCACUUCAGCCAAGUCAUCCUCCUCUUCGUCUAGCUCCAAGGAUCCUCAUCUGAGUUUCCUCUCCCCAGCCAUUGACAGUCGAUCUCCAUGGCAUAUAAAUGGCAGUGCUUAUGAUUUUAAGACUCUUACAAGUGACAAACGUGUCUGUCAGAAGAGGAAACACAAAAGUGGAAAGCCCUCUACUGAUGAGUCACGCUCCAAAUUGUCCUCUUCUGCAACCUCAGGAUCCCAUAGCAUUUAUUCAGAGAGUGAUAAAGGUGGUGGUGACCCCACUGGUGCCACAGUUUUGAAUUUAUCAAUGUCAUCUUCUAGUGCCAGUGCCACUGUCACAUCACCCCCACCGGUGACACCAGGAGUUCAAGAUCUUUCAGUAAAGAAGUCCACCAAACAACCCAAAGCAUCAAAUGGUACAAACUUAUCAGAAAGUGAUAGCCCUGAUAUCAGCUCACCAGGGUCAGAGAUCAGUGACAACUCUGAUGAUGGAAACCACAGUGACCCUGAAAAGGGUGAGAGGCCUAACGAUGGGCGAGCCAGUCACCUCAUUGAUGGUAGCAAGAAGCAGCUGCUAGCUGAUCAGAUUCGUCAGCAGCUAAUGGCAGCUGCACCGUCACCAGCUCACCAGCCUAUUCCGCUCGUCAUUCCUUCCCUCCGCAUGCGACUGACUCGUCAAAAAGAUCAAAAGAAUUCCACUUAUAACACAGAUGGGCUGAUGGAGCCAGAUAUACUGAGCCUUCCCUCCUCAUCGCAUACCACACCACCCUCCACCACAGCUUAUUCGUUCCUUGCAGGGGAGCGUCUUCUAAAUCAUCAACUCAAAGAGGAGUCUCAAGACUCUCUGCUGUCAUACCAAAAUGUGGAGGCAGAUGACAAGUUUGGCACGUCUGGCAGUGAAAAGUUAAUAGAUUCUGAAUCUCAGUCAGGGUGGGGAAGUGAUGAGGAUGGGUCUCACAUCGCUGGGUCAUCAGCAUCACCUGGCCCGUCAUCCCGAGGUUACGGAGAUUCUGAAGAUUCUUCACCCAAACGCCGUAACAUUGUCUUGAAUGAGAAAGAGCUCAUCAUACCAUUAGAGCAUGGCUGGCGGCGGCAGACAACCAUUCAUGGGAUGGGGCGACGAGGCAUAGUAGGAGAAGUGGUGUAUUAUGCACCAUGUGGCAAGAAGAUGAAGACAAUACCUGAUGUCAUGCGGUAUCUUGAUCGGCAUGGCAUCACUGAUUUGUCUCGUGAAAAUUUCACUUUCAACACCAAAGUCAAUGUUGGCCAGUUCUUUGAGAUUCGUGACAAGCAAAUGCAGGCAAGUCUCACAGAGGUGAGGUACUUGACAGAAUUGCCAUGUCUAAAGGAAAACGUGCACGCAUGCAGAUGCUGGCUCGUAAGAAAAACGAGAAACAGCUGCGCCAGCAAGCCCUUGCCAAGGCAGCCAUGGAAGAGAAGCUCAACAGGUAAGCUGGUUUUGAGGAUAGGAAAUGCAGGCAACCACGUCCUAAAUGUCACUAAGCAGAUGGCGCAUCUUGCAGACAUGGCUCGCAAGGCAGCGGAAAUGAAAUUUCAAAUGCGUCUGGAGAGGGAACAACAGAGAGAGAUGGCCAAGAAAGUUAAGGAGGUCAGACUAAUAGAGAGGAAACAAGAGAAGGAGAGGGCAAAGAUCGCGAAGCAGCAGGAAAAACUGCGUCAACAAGAACAGCUGCGUAUUGAGAGAGAGAUGAGGGCUCAGCAGAUCAUUGAGGCACGCAGACGACGGCAGAUGGAAUUGGAGGAAAUGCGUAUGAAAGAAAUCAUUCGCAAGAACAAGUCAAAUCUUCUUUGGCUUCAAAUGGAAAGAGAGCGAGAAAUGAAGAAACAGCAGCAUCUCAUGAUGAAAGAGCAGGAAAAAGAGCGCAGGAGACAACAUUUUCUUCUUGUCAAGGCUCUUGAGCAGCGGAAGAAGCAGGAAGAAAAGCAGGAAAAAGAGAGAAUGCGGGAAGAGAAAAUAAGAGAGAAGAAUUUAGAAAAGGAAAGAAAAAUGGCUCAGCGUCAGCUGGAAAUGUUUAUAGCUCGGGAGAUGAAGAAGCCUAUGGAUGACAUGGAGCUGAGAAAUGUCAAGCAACUGCCCAAGUUUCCUAGAUGCCCAGAAGCCAAGCUAGCUGGUCCUGCCUUUUCUGACUGCCUUAUGAUUGUGGAAUUUGUUCACAACUUUGCUGAGGCUUUAGGACUUGAUCCUGACAGCCUGCCCACUCUGGAGGUGCUACAAAAUGGCUUACUCAACUCCAGUGAGGAAGAUGUUGAAGAAGUUGUCACCUUAUAUCUCCACCUGUUGAAGUUUGCUCUUGAUGACUUGGGGGUACCUAAUCCCAGAGAAGCAAUGACCAUGCUGAAUCAGAAAAUAACUGAUCUAGAGAUUACAGAUGCUACAAUGUCAGAGGUCACCCGUAUUUUCCUUAGUGCACGAGGAGAGAAAAAGAUGAGUGAGUGGCUUCUAAAGACUCCUUUAGAGGCUCUGAAUCCUACCAAAAAAGCUGCUAUCAUUGCCUUCAUCUGUAAUGAACUGCUAAGCAGUAAACUGCUGUCUGGAGAGAUUGAAAAGCAGCUAGAGGCUAUCAACACAUUACGCAGAGACAAGUGGAUUGUUGAGGGCAAACUCCGAAAACUUCGUACUAUGCGAGCCAAACGAUUUCUAAAAAUAGAGCACCUUCCUCAAAUAUCAGCCACACCCACAGACGAGGACAGCAUGACCAACACCACCAUGGUCUCUAAUAAGACUGGAAGCGAAGAAGAGGAUGAAGAUAAGGAGGAGGAUGAGGAGGAGGAAGAAGAGGUUGUGAGUUGUGAUGAGAGCGAUGCCACACAUGCGACAGGCAACAGAUCAGAAGAUGAGGAUGAAGGUAUAUCCAAGGAGGAAAUGGACAAGAAGAUUGACAAGUUGGUAAAGCAACACAACUCCUUUGAUUCCAAAGUGGCUGAUGUCACAAAGCGUUUGCGAGGAACAUGUCUUGGCCAGGACCGCUACAAACGGUUAUAUUGGAUUCUUCCUGCAACGGGAGGUAUUUUUGUUGAAGGGAUUGAAUCUGGAGAGACAGAAGCCCUAGAACUUGAAGCAGAACUUCGAGCAAAACAAAAGUCCAAAGAAGAAGAAGAAAGAAAAGAGGCAGAAGAUACUGAGGUAAAAAAAGAGAAAGACAGUGAAUUGAUAUUAGAUGAGAAAGAGAACAUAAGCUCAGACUCUCACAAAGUUGAAGGUGUAGACGGGGAGGCUACCAAUAACAUGACGAGGAAGGAGAAGAAAGAGGCAGAUAUCAAGUUAGACAAACCUACAAUAAAAGAGGAACCAAUGGAUGUCGACUUCAAAAGUGAGAAAGUGGACGAUUUGGUUGUUAGCCUUCAGAAGGAGACCAGGAAUGUUGAGUCUUUAGCUGAAGUCAGCAAUGUGUGUGUGAAACAAGAGUUUGAUGAUCAGCUCUCUGUCAUGAAUGGCAGUGCUGUUGUUGAUGAGAAGAUCGAUGGUGUUUGUGAUGAAAGUACUAUUAUGACAAGUGUUGACACCUCUAACACUUCCAUAUCCUCAAAGGCAGCAGCAGCAACGGAUACGUUUUUGCCUCUCUUGCAGACAGAGAACAUAAGCUCUCUUGAUCUGGAAGGAAAGGACUCUAAAAAGCCAGUGAAUUCCAGCCUUCUGUUUCAAGAGCCUAUCUUGAGCAAGCUCAGUGAUUUAUUAAAAAUUCCACAUGCAGAUAGCAAGUCAGAUGUGAGUGAAUGUUUGUCAGGUAAGAACUCUGUAACCACAGAGGCAUCACCUGUGGCAUUUACCUCAAGGCUUGCACAAACUUUGUCAUCCACAGCAAGCACCAUUUUAUCAUCUGCAUCUGUUUCUGCCUUGCCAGCAACCCCUCCAGGUGCUUUGCCUGCUACCCACUUGGUCAUACCUUCCACACCUGUGGCAUCAAAGCCACAGAUAUCGUCACCAAUAAUGCACAGCACACCUUCUGUUUUGCCAGUAACCACACCACUUGACAGUGCAGUUAGCAUCAUGACAUCCACAGAUUCAUUAGCAAUGUCAUCUUUAGUAUCACCUGUUUCCUUGUUGACCACAAAGAAGACUGUGACUGCAACAGCUGUAUUGUCAUCCACACCGGUGUCAUUAUUAUCAUCAAUGCACAGUAAAACUGACUGUGUAACAACAUCACCUUUGUCGAGCAUGGCAAUGUCGCCGUCAAUCACUACAGCAACCACUGCUGAAAAGGACCAUGCACCUCUCACAGCAUCUCCUACCACCAUCUCGUCAUUCUCAUCGAAUAUGUUAUCUCUGCUGAACAGUACCCCCAUCGCCACCUCAACCAUUUCUUCUUCAUCGUCAAUCCCUGCUAAAAGUGACAAGAAGUCCAACUUCAUCAGCAUUGAUGCUCUGUUGAAAAAGGAGCCAGAUGCUGAUGUCGCUACAAGUGUUCCCUCCUCAACCUCCGCCACGACUACUGUUUCCUCGACCUGGAACAGCCACAGCUCUGGCAGCAACAACCACUUCCUGCCUCUCAACUUGUUCCCACCAUCCCCUCUAGUCAGUGAUCACUUCCUGAAAAGUUACGCAGACAUUCUGGACCAGAAGCCCUGGUUUAGUAUUCUUCCUCGCAUCCCCUGUGAUGAGCUGUCACUGACGAAUGCUUUGCACGCCACCACCAGUUCUCACAUCGGUGUUGUGUCAUCUGCCAACAUUGCCAGUGCCUCUUUGUCCCUGCUGUCCCUGCUUCCAAUGCAGCAUGCCAUACAGCAAGCCAAGACCCAAGCUCAGGCUCAAGGUGCUGCAGCAACUGCAGCUUUGCCACCUCAGCCUCAGUCUCCUUCUGUUCAGUCCCAGUCCCAUUCAGAAUCUCAGACAGAGUCCCCACUGGACAUAUCCGCAUUCCAAGCCCACCUGUCCUCCAAGAACAGCUUGGCUGAUUUCUCCUUGCAAGUUUCCACAGCAACAGAUACAUCCUGCUUGUCAGCAGUGGGCACAGACUCUUUCAAAGUGCCUGCUCCUCCUUGUGACUCCUUAUUUGGAGAAUCUAUGACUGAAGCUGACUACCUGGCCAUGUUGCAGAAAGUGCAAGGAGAGCGGCUUCCCAUUCCUUUGAACAAGCAGCGUGGCUGGUGGAAAGUUUCUGAUGCUGAGCAAGUGCGACAACUCUACAACAGCCUUUUGAGCAGGGGCAUUCGAGAAAGAAACCUUGCCCAUACUUUGCGGAAAUACAUGGAUGAGCUUUGCACCCAAGUUUGCACAGUGGAUUCGCGUAAAUCCCAGUGUGUUAAAGAUGAAAAGAAGGAGACAGAUGAACCACCAAGCAGUGCUCCAAAAAGCACUGAACAGAAAGGUGAGACUCCAAAAGAAGACAGUAAAGAUGAUACCACACCUAAACAAGAAUCGAAUGAGAAUGAAAAUGUGGUGAAAGAGGAGAAAAAUCAUGAGGGAGAGAAGACAGGGACAGAGGAGGCUGUGGAAAUGGAUCAGGGGGCAGAGGACGAAGAUGAGAACAUUGACGAUGCUAUACCAGCCGACCCUGAGGACAGCUGGAACUUGCGUGUAGGCUUUGAAGUAGAGAUGGCAUGCCUUGAGGAUGUAGAAGCACUAGAAGAUCGUAUAUUCAAUGCCAGUCUUCAAGUAAAACAGAGUUGGAAGCUUCCCCAACGAGGUACUGAGGAUCCAGAUAUUCACAUGGUGGACAGAUCUGUGACAAACCCUGAGCCUCCUUGCUGCUACCCCAUGGAGGUGGCAAGGGAACGCAUUCUGCUUCUGGAAAGCAAUAUUGAGCGACGCUACCUCAAACCACCUCUCAUCCGGAACGUACAGCUUAACCUGGCCAACAUAGCUGGCAGUUCAGAGACCAAGAGUGGAGAAGGUGACAAUGACUCCUUUGGUCGAGAAGAAGGUUCUGACCACAAUGAAGAUGUGCCACCCGGCUUGUUGCUUUGGCCGGCUGUUCAGAAUGCACAAACACCUGCACAGUUAAAUCUGUGCACUCAGCUUCUGGGAAAUUCUAUAGCAUGGGAAAAGUCUAUAAUGAGAGUGACAUGCCAGAUAUGCUUGAAGGAUGACAAUGAGGCUGAACUACUGCUGUGUGAUGGCUGUGAUAAAGGAUACCAUACCUACUGCUUCAAGCCCAAGAUGGAGACAAUACCAGAAGGAGACUGGUAUUGCUAUGAAUGUGUAUCAAAGGCUAGUGGCAUAGCACACUGCAUUAUAUGUGGAGGAAAGAGUGGCAAGAUCGUGGAGUGUGACAAGUGCCCUCGGGCUGUCCACACUGAGUGCCUUGACCCACCUUUGCCCAGGAUGCCAAAGAAGUGGCAAUGUGCUACUUGUCUUUCCUCCAAGAAUAAGAAAUGCAGUAAAAGAAAAAGGAAGGAAAACUCUCCAGCCACAACUGCUACAGGUGAAAGACGAGAUCCUGGCCAAGUUUCUAGUCGAGAAAGGAAAGAGCCUGAUGCCACCGUGGAUGGACUGUCUCCAGAAAAGAAAAAGAAAGAAAAUGCCAAGGAAAAGGAGAAACAGAAAGUGGAGAAAAAGAAAGGAGAAAGAGAAGGCAAAAGACAAGCCAAAAGACAAGAAAGAGAAAAGGAGAAGGGCAAGGAGAAGAAGAGUAAGAAGAAGGAGAAAGAGGAGACAUUGGUGUAUGACCAGAAGAAGGACAAUGAGCUGGACGUGUGUGGGAAACUUCUCACAGAACUAGAGAAGAGUGAAGAUGGAUGGCCUUUCAUGAAGCCAGUGAACAUAAAGCAGUUUCCGUCUUACAAGAAAUAUAUCAAACAACCCAUGGACUUCUCAACCAUGCGUAACAAGCUCAGGGACUGUGUGUACAAGUCUAGAGAGGAGUUUGCUGCGGACAUCCAGCUAAUCCUCAACAACUGUGAGACUUUCAAUGAAGAUGAUUCUGAGGUUGGCCAGGCUGGUCAUAGCAUGAGACUUUUCUUUACCCAGCGGUGGAAGGACAUAUUCCGGGAGGACAGCUAGCUGGGCGACCAGUUCAACCAUUUUGUUGUUAUUAUGGGAACAUACGUUUACAAUGUCAUUCUUCACAAGAUGGUGUCCGGUUGUAAGUGGAAGCAGGCAAGAGAAAAUCUGCCCCGGUGCUACACCACGCUUUUCAGGGGAUGAGGAGGUGGAGAGUGAGCUGCUCUUGUAUUUACUUAUUUAACAUUAUUCAUGUGUGAAAGAUAAGCAGUUUUUCCUCUCAGGUUUCUUAUUGUAGAUGUUUCUUCAGACUCCACUGGAAACAUUUUUCUUUCAUUUUGCAAACAAGACAUUGAUGACGAGGGAGUGAAAUGACAUGGAUGGCCUUAACAUUGAAUGUAAUUCUUCAGCACCAGCUUGGAGAUUAGUUCGGGAAGGUGCAAGUCAAAGGUCAACCAAAACAGAGCUUGGCUCCAUGGUUCCUGUUUGGCUGCAUCGAAAUAUGUAUUGAAAAGUGGACAGUUUAAAAACUCUUGUUUAUGUGUUGCCAUGCAGUGUAAUCUGGGAUUUGUAGAAGAGCAGUUUUGAGCUAUCCAUCACAUGAUCUGGUCAUAAAUACGUCUAUGUGUGAGAUAUCUCUGUGCUUACCUUCUGUUGCAGCAACAUGCUGACAUGAAAACAUGCUAGAACUAGGUUGUGUUUCUUCACAAUUACAACUCUGCACAGUGAGAUCUUUUACAUGCAGUACGCUCAUCAUAAAUUUUGAUCCGUCUGAAGUGUUGGUGGAUUUGUAAUGCUGACCAGAUGUCUGCCCAUUUGAAGUCAGCUUGUUGAUGUGUUGCCACUUGCGAUAAAAGACAGUUGGACCAAACAUAUUAUUUUGAUUCCUGUUUUGAUUCAUCUAAGCCUUUUUCUUCAUUUGUAUAUUCUUGCUCUUUGUGCAAGUGUUAUGUAGCCUUUUGCCAUGUCCUUGACCGUGUUUUCCUGUUGUGAUAAAAUGACUUGAGUGCUUGAGAGUGUGUUGACAUGCAGCUUUGUAAAUCACUGACAGUAUAAAGGACAUAGCAUAAUUGGAUGUGAGCAUAAUGCAUUGUGCAGGCACAAAACCUGCUCAGACAAAUGAGCAACCCACAGUUCAUAGGUUGCUAUGUGGUUUUGAUAAUCCAUAAUUUGAUUCUUGUUAAUAGUCCAGACCUUAUAUGUAACUGUUAACAUUGUUUGAAGAAUUUUUCAGCUUCUGUUGACAAAAACAUAACUUUGAGAGUCUGUUUUACUAAGUGAGGUAAACAUUGAGUAGGACAUUUUUUUAAAGUUAAAAAUUCAAACCAAAAUAGAAACUGAAUGUUAAAGUUUUUCUCAGAUUUUUGCUGGAGAGGAUGUACAGUAUGUACUGUGUUUAUCUUUUGGCAUGCUCAAUGAUAAUGUGUUUUCUCUUUUUUCUCUUGGUAGGUAGUUGCUGAUAUUUCAUCAGCAGUAGCUAAAUCUACAAAAGACAACCAUAGAUAAGUAAGACAGUUGUGAUGGCUUUCACAGAAGUUAGUCUGGAUAUGCACUCUGAUGCACAUUUGGAUGCAUUGGUAUUACCCUUAAUUGAAUAGUGCAGAGCCUUUACCCUUGAUCUCCCCAGUGGUGGAAUAGUGUCUGUGGAGUGUGUUUUAACUAAAUUUUGCACAAGGUUUGUAAAUGGUUCUUAUUAAUUAAAAUAAAAAAAAGUUAUUCAUGAAUUGCUAGGAAAAUUGCGCAUCUUAAUAUCAAAGAUUUUUAUUUGCUUUUAGAAUUGUAAUGGUUUGAAUGAGUCACUUUGAAAGCAGGACCAGAAAUGAUACUCCUUAUUCCAGCCAGCUCAGAAAAGGUGGCUAAAAUCACAUCUGAUUCCAGUUUUCACAGCUUUAAAAACCCUCACCACUCCUUAAAAACAUAGUUUUUGUCUUUAUAAUGUAUCAUUAACCCCAAAAGUGUGUCUAACCCUUAUGUUGGGUCCGAUUAGCAGAUUUAAAGAAUUAAUCUUAUUUUUCGCAGUUUGCUUCUUUCCUUACUUUGCUCGAGUUAGGUACAAUGUAUCUUAGAUGCAAUGCUUUAUAAACUUUAUGAAAGUAGCAUGUUUUACACAAAGGUAUUGAGUCUGCUACAUAAUUGGAAAAUUCCAGUGUUAUUUGAUGACCUGUGUGGCUGUGGCAAAAGAAAAAAUCUGAACAUUUUUACAUAAGCUUAUAUUGCUAGAAGGAUUCUGACCAAAGUACAAAUUAGGAAGGAGAGUAGCAUAACAUUUGGCCCUAAAAACCAUCCUGAUGCCCUAGACAUAUCUGUGCAAUGUCUUGAGCAUGAUGUAAAAUAGUGCAUGCAGGAUUGGAUAGAAUCACUUCUGUUUCUAUUUUAGGCAAAGGAAUUUCUAGCAUUGUGGAAGGAGAACUAAAUGAGAUUGUAAGAAGUGAAUAUCUUGGUCCCAUGUGGAAUGAAGUGUUUGUUUUGGAUAGUAGCAACACUAUAUUCCAUUUCUGUAGAGAUUAGAAUUAAUAUUAAUAAUACUAUAAGUAAAGUACAUAAAAUAAAUGCCUUUUUAUUCCUCAUAUUUGCUUCAUAAGGGAGAGAUAUUUUAAGUUUAAUGUGUACAGAAUAUGGGCUGUUUAUGUGUGAUAAAUAUAUGCAGGAGAAGCAAGAAUUGACAUCUUCCCGCCAACCCAUCCAACCGAACUAUAUUCAUUAAGAGUUCCUCUACUUUCCACCUUUACAUUUUGGCAAGACAUAAAGUAUGACGAGCUAUAUAAAAGAUGAUGGGAAAAUUUUUCUACUCGUUAGAAUAACGAAGAAGAAGUUGAAGAUCUGGUAGUGUUAAGGACAUUUGAGGUCAUUCAUCCAGGAUGAAGUCCAAUAAUACUUGUAAACAUUAUUAAACAUGAUAAAGUUGUGGUAGAGAUGAAUUAUAACUUCUGUUCACAGAUAGCACCUCAGGUUUGUUAAAGUGAAGAUCAUUUGGUUGCCUUACUCAAUCACAUUCUCAUAGGCUGCGGUUCAGACAGGAAAUGCAGGAACACUAAAAUAGCCAUAACAGAGAAAGCUCUGCUUUCAGUAGCUUUGAAGUUCUCCUAACACAGUGUUUGACAAAAUCUCUUGCAUAAUCAGCCUUGUAAUGUCUACAUCUGUGUGUAUUGAAUUGUCUUUUUUCUGUAUGAUACUAUUUAUUUAGGAGCUCAUUACGGUGGGUAGGUGUUUAUAUAUGCAUACAGUGCAUUGCAUGUAUCCAUGCACAUGUGCAUGCAUUGAAACAUUUUAUUUUGCCUGAUGAAUGUUGGUUGUGAAAACUCUUGCCUCAUUUGAAACUUUGUACACAUUAAUAAUAAGUAAUAGAGGUGAAAAAAAGCAAGUCAAGACAGAUUUCCAUUCCUGUAUAUAAAUCUGUAUCAAAGUGAUGUCUGUACGUCCUGCUGUUUUGUUCCUCAUAUUUAAAAAAAUAUUGCGUUACAGAGGGGUUAUGUAGAUUCACAAUUGUUUUGUAAAAUUACCUGUGAACACAUCUGUUUUGUUCCUCAUCAUUCACUCUGUUCUUGCAGAAUUUAUGCAUGCCAUGCGUUGUCCUGAAAUUAAAAGUCAGACAAAUAAUAUUCAGGGAUUAUUAACAAAGCAGUCAAUUACCUCGUUACUCACCAAAUCAGGCAAGCAAUACGACAGAUCAUAGCUAUCACCACUCCGCUUUAUUUAAUAAAAUGAUGCUGUUUAUUGCUUCUUUAUAUGUUAUAAUAGCAUCUUUAUUCAUUUCUUGCUCAUAAUCUGUUCAUUAUUUUGGUGGUGUUAUAAUUGAUAAAAGGAUUUUUAAAUCCUCAAGCUUAAUUUAUUUUUCAUUUUUAUAUAUUUAUCUCUGUAUUGGUGAUAGUUCACUGGUGUCUUCGGUUUUCUGACAAUAAUGGAGGCAUCCCUUUGGUCAGAGUCUGCAAGUUUCUCUUUUCUGAGGUCACCAACAUGUUCUAUGGACCAUGUCUUGGCUAAUAGGUGAAUGAUUGAGGCUCCUGAUCUUUCCCUUCUGAUAUCAAGAUUACUGUAAAAUCCCACAGCAGUGUAAAUUUGGAAAAUCAAGUGUAGCUUGGGUAAUAUAAUCAGACAUGCAUGAUCACCAUUAAUAGUCAUUACCUAAAUAUCUCUUCACCACUCUUUCGAUUGACAUAUUAUCAUUUAAAGCAUUCAUUUCAGCAUAGCAGUAGCAGAUUCCUAUUUAUAAUGUUGGCUCUAUAUACCAGAUAAUAUGAAGCACACAGAAGGAAUAAUUAAAUUUGUCUUCAAGAUUUAGAAAUCUGCAGUAUCAUUGUUAACAUUAAUAAUAUAAACGUUCUCAGUUGUCCUUACAUGGUAUUGUCUACUUUCUGAAAGUCAUCAUAAAAACAUAGGAGAGACUCUGUGAAUCAUAGGAUUAGAAAGAGCAUGAAUACCAGGUGCAGACACCUUUUCUUGAGUAAGUCUUUUUGCUACUUCUGUUGAAAAUUUAGCAGUUGUCUGUUUGUGUUCAAGUGUAUGUUAUAAAAUCUUUGUACAUAUUUUUUUAUACCUUUUCUCAUGUAAUAAUCAUAAGAACUUUGUGCUUUUGUUUUGUGCGUGAUCUUUUAAAUUGCCUCUCCUACAGUGAGUGCAAAAUGUGACUUUUAAACACUUUAUAAUGCUAUAAAGUUGAGUUUUGGAUUUGUUUUGUAUGGGAUUUUUUUUUUUUUUUUUUGUAAAUAUUGUCAUAAAAACAUGCCCAUAUUGAAGUCUGCCCUUAGUUGAGAGUCUGUAUUGUUGUACCUGGUACCUUCAAAAUACUAGUAAAUGUGUCUAUAGACACUGAUAAUCAUGUUGAUUAUACUGUUGAUGACAACCUGUUCUAGAUCUGAUAAAAUUAUUGUUGAAUGUUGUCCUUCUUCAAUCAUUCUUUUUGGGACAUAGCGAAAGUCUUACAGAACAGACACAAAUCAAUAAGAGGGCAUCUUGAGUGAAAGUUGUAGAAUUUUUUUCCUCUGUAAGAAGUUUGCAUGCACAUUUUAUUUAUUUUUAGAACACAUGAUGUUCCUCAAGUUGUUUACUCAUUAUCAUAGAUGCUGCCCAGUGAAACAGAAGAAAAUUUUUAAGGGGUGGGUCAAAAAACUUUCCAGCUUUUUAACACAGCUGAUCAGAUCAUCAAAACUGCUUGCACAUUUUUCCAGGGUUGUUUAGAGUAGUACAGGGUUUGGUAGAAGGAUGGUUAAAAAUUGCAUGUGUUUUCCAGUACAUGCUGUAAAGGGUAAGUUGUAUAUGCAUGCAAAAUGUAUGACUAGCCAGCAUGUGUGUAAGGAGGUCAUUAUGAAUGUUUACUGCUGUUCCAAGAUUUCUCGUCAGUGAAAUUUAUUGCAGACAUGGUGCUGCUGUUUGCAAGAGCAAGCAAUAUUCAGGAGAUGCAAGACAUUCUCAACAAAUUUUCACAGCAUAGUUAAGCUGGGAUCAUGAAUGCCACAAACAUCAGGAACCGACACAUUUGUUCAAGCGUGUCUUUGUUUUUGAUAUACACAAAUCAUCUAUUUAUCAUCUCAUGUUGGACCACAUUGAAUGUGUGUUGAAUACUUGAAACAUGCAUUUUUUUUCGAAUUUUUUUUUUAUAUGUAUGUUGUGAUGGUUUGUUUCUGUGCACUGCCUUUAAUGUUAUCAUAACAGCUGUCUAACAUGAUCAAAAUUUUGUUGUGAAUAUUUCCUUGAAAAAAAUCUAUGUAAAAGAAUGAAUAUAUCUAUGUGAAUGAUUGUAUAUGGGGGGAAAAGCAUGUAAAGGGUUAGGGGAGAUCAUUUAAGCUUAUGCUGUAAAACAUAUCUAAUUGUUGCAUCUUGUAAAAUUAAGCUACAUCUAAUAGAAAAAAUGUGUUACAUUUGAUGCAUAUUGGCAGUGUCAGUUCUGAUUAGAAGAUGCUGUUGAUGUUACAUUAUCUCUUCCCUUAAAUGUGACACUGGCUCAGGUGUGCUUCAGAUUUGUCUGUUUUGUGUACAGUGUGUGUACUUUUAUAAUUGUGUACAUACAUGUGAUUGCAGACUGUCCCCUUACCCUCUUGUAGUUGAUUGAUACUUUUUCCUUAAAAUCAGUUUUGUUUCUUUUGUUGAUGUUUCACUCAUGUGUUCGAUACAGCACUUUUAAAGUUUUAUGUGAGAUGUUGUAAACUGCAACAUAAACAAUAAAGAUAGGGUGAAAGGACUGUAUGUUUGAUGUGUAAGUACAUGUUGCAAACUAAAUUAAAGAUUUACUCCGGCUGUAUUAAAUGUAUUUUGAAGCAGUUACCAUGAAUCUUGUCUACUUGUAUUUGAUAAUAUGAUGGAGAAACCCUGCUCAUUUUGCCACACAACUACACACACAUUAUCAUCAUUUGUGAACCAUUUCAUGUGGAGAAAUUGUUCUCCAUGUGUCUAUGGCAGUCCUCAAUAAAGUAAAUGCUGAAUGUUAA